CUACAUAUGGUUAGGGAAGCGAGCGGUAUGAGUCCCCCCUUCUGGGCCAAGUGAGGUCUAUUAAAGUCACAGUCUCAGCGGCAACCCCACCAAAAUUGAAAGUGCAAGGGAAAGAGAGAUUGCAGUUUAAGAAUGCUGAAGUUCCUUUCGAAGGUGAAGAUAGAGUUCAAUGCAUUGGACCCACGAAUAGCGUCGUGCAUGGAGUUCUUGGCCCAGUGCAAUGCUCGCAAGGCAAAGGAAUCCAACCCCGCCUGCCAGAUUCAGGUCAAGCGCCGAACCGAUGACGAACCACCGAAAAUCGGCGUCACGUUCGUUAAUGGCGUGGAGGAGAAGUUCGACGCCACCUCCAUAUCUGCCCAGACCAUCAGGAACAUGAUUCUCGAAAAGGGUCAGCUCCUGGAGACCGAACAGAUGUUCCGCGACGCUGGCGAGCCCUGGCCUGUCAUUAUCCCCGAAGAAGAGCUCCAUCAACCCGCUCCAGGUACCAAGGAACAUUUUCAAGACAAAGCAAAGAGCUAGGAACUGGGGACACUGAGAGUGGGCUGUUAUGUUUACUUCUGCCUCUACUGUAGGAAAAAACUGUCAUAUCAAAUGUUUGUUUGCAAUUCUUGAGUCAGCUGUAAUCUUUUGAUGAUCAAAGAAAUUGUCUAUUAAGCCGUGCCUUUUCUAGUUAUUACUCUGUGGAUGAGACAAUCUUCUAAAUAAUGAAAUAUGAUGCCUUAUCCUGUUGGUUA